UCAAUCAAGUUUCAAGUAAAACAGACUCAACAUGUCUGUCAAUUUAGCAUCUCUUGAUUUAGGUCUGAAAUCUCACUCGAGACAAGUUUCAACUGUAAGUGUACGAUUGAAAGACAAUCUUGAAAAUGAAGAGAGUGCUGAUUUUUCAAAAUUUACUGGCUGUGAACUUUGCUUAAAGAAAGUUUCAAAGUACACUUGUCCUCGUUGCAACGUGAAAUAUUGCUCUUUGGAAUGUUAUCGGGGAAGAAAUCAUGUUAAGUGCUCAGAAAUGUUUUAUAAAAGUUGUGUGAUGGAAAGUCUGCAUGGUCAAACGGUUGAAAAUGCCGAACAACGGAAAAUGGCAGAGAUUCUUAAACGUUUUGAGAACGAAAAAGAAGAGGAAAGCUUCGACGAGUGUGGGUCAGCCUCCUUUGUUGGGGAAAAUCUGGAAGAGCGCUUGAAAGGUUUAGAUUUGGACCAUGAUUAUGAGAAAAUUUGGGAAAAGUUGACUGCUGAGGAGCAAAAAGAAUUUGAGCGUGCAUUGAAUGAUGGCUAUAUUGGUACGCUAGUUGAUACUUGGAUACCUUGGUGGACAGCUGCAGAUGAAAGUGGCAAUGAACCAAUUGAAAGCAAGACCUCCAAACUCCCAAGAUUGUUAAAGAAUAUCCCAGAUUUGAAUUGCCUUACUAAAUCAAAGCCAGUCAGCAACCAGAUUAAGUUCAAUGUUGUCAACAUUCUCUACAGUUAUGCAUAUGUGUGUCGACAUUACAAUGGUUGUCUUGGUGAAUUUCCUGUUGAAGCAGUAGAAAAUAUCUGGCAUCUUUCUGUUGUGCUUGACCAUGCCAUAAACUUUGAGAGUUUAGAUUCAGCACUGAAAAGUUCUGUGAUCACUAGUCAGCAAAAUAAACAUUUGUUUCAUUCCAAAGAAUUUUCCAUCUCCAUAAUUGAUGAUGUUUUGUUGUUAUUGAAAAACAACAAGAAGGCUUGUUUUGUAAGCUUGGCUUUCUCAGACGUUCAUAGACUACUUGCAAAAGCCUUGAAAAUGAAGAAUAGUUGGUCUUGUAGAAAUUUGGAUUCAAAACAAUUUUGGUUUGGUAAAAAAGAUAAUGUUCAUGUUGUGUUGGGUUCGUGAAAAUAAGAAAGAACUAUCCUUGCUUGUCCCCUUCUUCAAAAUGGUGAAAGAAACAAUCAACUUAGAUCACAAGCUAAUGCAAGAAGAUAAAGAAAAGAUGGAGAAUUAUCGGUGGAAGAAUUCACGAAAAAAACUUAUUGAAGAAAUAGGAUGAAACAUUACAGAACUAUUUAGGAAAUAACUUGUUACUAAUAGAUUUUAUGUCAUUUAAAAGAUGUUGACCAUUCAGGUUAUUGUAGCUACUCCCAUUAUUUCGAUCUGCAAAAGCCUGUUGUGUUUUUUAUAGAAUUUGUGAUCAAUUAGUAAAACAUCAAAUGGUAAA